GCCUUCGCCUCCGAUCCUCUCGCAGAGUCUCAUCACGGCUCGACCCGGAAUGAUUUGCAUAUUAUAAUCUGCAUUACCGAGGAAAGAUACCCCGAACUUUUAAUAAAUGCCGAAAGCAUUCAAUGAGAUACCUAGGUAGUGAUAAUAUCAAAUGUGACAUUAAUUCUCAUGCGAACGUAUUAAAGAAGUCAAAGAAGUUAGAAAGUGAUCCUUUGAAAAAUAGUCACUAGGGGAAAAGCUAUCUUCUCUCUGAUGAUCUAUACGAAAUGAUAAGCGCAAUGGCUGAUCAAACUGGAGAUGGUGUUAAAGUGGCCAACGAGGAGGUAGAAAAUCAAAAGGAAGCAAUUGCUAAUAUAGCUAAAGCACGUGGAAUCGAUGACGAACAAAUCGCGAUGUUCAGACAAUUCACCGCAGCUAGUAUAGAAUCGCAUAACCAAAUUACGGCAACCCUUUUGAAAAAGAUCGAUUACCAUCUACUACCGAUGCUGAUAUUGAUGUAUAUGCUCAACUUUCUGGAUCGAAACAACCUCGCCCAAGCUCGACUUGGGACAUUAGAAGAAGAUCUAAAUAUGACUGGAACAGAUUUCAACUUAGCUACAAGCAUAUUGUUCGUUGGAUAUAUCAUUAUGCAACUUCCUUCUAAUCUUUUAUUAACUCGAGUACAACCUUCGAUCUAUCUUGGUGUGGUCAUGACUAUCUGGGGAGUGAUAUCUACAGCACAAGCAGCUACACAUACGUUCACUUCUUUGGUGGUAUGUAGAUUUUUUCUUGGUUUUGCGGAAGCGCCAUUCUUCCCCGGUGCUAUAUUACUCAUGUCAAGCUGGUAUACACGGUCCGAGCUAGCUCUUAGAAUCGCCUGGUUCUAUUGUGGUCAUUCAGUUGCCAAUGCAUUUGGUGGCUUACUGGGUGCAGGAGUUCUCGGGAAUCUAAGUGGUGCACAUGGCAUCUCUGGGUGGCGCUGGCUCUUCAUCAUUGAAGGUAGCAUCACUAUCUUUAGUGCCAUCUGUUCUGCAUUUAUCUUACCAAAUUAUCCUGCGACGACAAAUUGGCUUACUCCAGAGGAACGUGCUUAUGCGCAAUGGCGUCUUGUAAAAGAAGCUGGUGAAGCCGAUGAAGCCAAUGCCUCCUCUAUUAAAGAAGGAGUGAAGAUGGCAUUGAGAGAUCCACGGUUAUACUUAUUCACGCUAUUGCAACAUGCAUCGUUACUUUCCCAAACAUUUCAAUACUUCUUCCCUACUAUAGUGGAGACAUUAGGGUACAGCAACAUUCAGACGCUUCUACUUACCGUCCCCGUCUGGGUAGUUACCCUGGUAAUCUCUCUACUUGUAACGUAUACGUCGGGGCGAUUCACCGAUCGGAGUAUUCAUAUCAUAUGCUUGAUAAUGGUAUCCGUCGUGGGAAAUAUUGUGGUAGUAGCUACUCUCAAUACGGCUGGUCGUUACUUUGCCUUGUUUCUGUUACCAUUAGGUGCUGUUCCCGCCUAUCAGAUCCUUUUGGCUUGGAUAGCCAAUAGUUUUCCUCGACCGUUAGUUAAACGGAGUGCUUGUAUUUCCUUCGGUAACAUGGUUGGUAACACAGCCAAUAUUUAUGGUACUUACAUGUAUCCAUCCGUCCAAGGACCUCGAUACCUUGCAGGCGGGAGCGCUACAGCAGCCGUCGGGGUCUUAGUCGCUUUACUUGCCGUCACCGCAAGAUUGGUGUUGCAGCAUCAGAAUAAAAAAUUGGCCAAUCGCGAAGUAUUUGAAUCAGAACAUCCGGGACAAACCGAAGACCGGGAGGGAGCCACUCCGGUCGGCUUCAGAUAUAUCCUGUAGUGUGAGCCAAUCGUUUCUAUACCUGAUUUAGGAAGAUGGUGUACCUAUCAAUCUCCGUCCCGUUCACUGAGGGAAAUCUUGAAAAAGUAGGAGUGGGGUUUGAUGUUACAAUCAACUGUGUGGCAGGAUCUUCAAUUACCUUUACUUAGAUGCAGCCUUUCCUCCAAUGGUUUAUGCCAUCGGUCGUACGUGGGGUUAUGCGUGAAGAUCAGGAACAAUUUAUUAUCUCAUUGCAGACUUCACACCUUUGAUAGAUUCAAUAUAUGCUGCUAAAUGCUGAAAAUC